AUGGUAAAAAGGUACCUCGACAUAUUCUUCAAAUAUAUCGACCCAAUACCAGGCUUCGGAUUCAUUCACCGACCUAAGUUGCUACAACUCUGGCUUGACGGUCGGCACGACCCUCGCUUGCUGCGAGUCAUUUGUGGUGUGGCAUCUCGUUUUAUAUCGGUUCGAGAACGCCGUACUCUUCCUGACGGUCAAGUCUGGAUCAACGAGGCAGAGAAGCAGAUUAUGCAGAAUACUGAUUCUCUAGAGGAGACUGACAUCGAAUCCUUGAUUUUGAUAGCCUUCGACCAUGGCUCUUCGGGCAGAUUUGGUAGGCUCAGGCACCUCCUGAACUAUGCUACCAAGCAGGCCUAUCUCAAGUUGAUGAAUUAUGAGGAUGUGAACGAAGGCCACCUGGAACCGGAGCGGAGAAGGCGGCUGAUGUGGGCUCUGUGGAUGCUGGGCACAGUCUACUCUAGUGACGACGCCAAUCUUUGUUUCUGCUCGACGGAUACGAUCCAUAUAAGCCUGCCCUGUGACGAAAUCUCCUUUGAUAGGGACACUCUGGCCACGACCUCCACCCUGCAGGACGCUCGGACAACUAGUGAUACUCAAAAUCAAGGCCUGUACGCACAUCUCGUCCGUAUUCUGGAUAUCCGACGCAGGAUACGAGGGUCGAAUGACAGUGCCAAACAGAAACAGCUCAGUGAAACAGCAGGUAUGAGCAGCAUGGUUAUAUCAAGCAGCUUUGUCGCCCCUUUCGAGCAAGAACUGUCAACCUUCGUUGAUUCUCUCCCUCCACAUUACUCUCUUGGACCACGAAACUUUUGUCGAUACAUUUCCUCUCCAGAACUGACAACCUUUCUCAUGCUUCACGUAUGGCUAUUACACACACGUGGUGAGCUAUACAAGGCUGCCGCUGCCUCUGUCGAGAACAGAUUCCGUAUUCAGUCACUCGUUGGCGAGGUUCAGCCUACACAAGAGCUUAACCAUUGGCGAAGACAAGCAUUCCGGAAUGCCGUCUCAAUGUCCUCGCUGUUUGCUACAGCGUUACACAUCGAUCCAGACAUCUGUGUUUCCGACCCGAGGCUGGCGAAAAGCGCACAAGAUGCAGUCUCCACCAUCCUUAAGCAAAGGAUGUACGACAUGCCGGCAGCAAACGACCUGCAGCUGUGGAAGUCGUAUCUACGUCCAUGUGCAGAGAUCCUCCGGCGGCCUUCAAGUUUCUAUCCGGCAGUCAAUUUGAUAUAUGAUGCCAUUCUUGAGGCUAUAGGCAGUGAAAGUGUCUCUCAUGAAGAAUUUAAGAAAGUGGUACGUUGGACCGCCGAGGGUGCACUGACGGACGAGCAUCCAGAAAAGAAGUCGAUUCGCGGGGAGCUUGCCAACAGACUUGUAUUCCAAGACCCUUGGGCAUACGACCCCCUGCUGGAUGAAGACGGCCAAGACGCAUAUCUCUCCAGCACUGUUGCGUCGUCGUCAAUCUGCACAGAUGCGUCUCCUGCAUCUGAUGUCGUGGCAUUAACUUGCCUCUCCGCCAUCAAAGAAAGCGCAGAUGACAUGUUUUGGGAUGCCGGUUCCGACAACAUUGACUUCUCGACAAUUGAUUUCGGGACCUUCCUUCUCGGAUGA